CAGACUAACCUACACAGGUGUCAGCUGAGCCAAACAGUCUUCCUCCAGUGUCCCAGGUUUACUGUCCUACCUGAAUGUCUUCAUUCUGUGCAGAGCCUUAGAAGCUCUGGAAUUUCCUGUCUGACUGCAUUAUAAUAUUCAUCUGUCACAAGAAGGUGGGGAUGAACCAGACACGAAUCACUGAGGUCAUUCUCCUAGGAUUCCAGGUUGACCCCUCUCUGGAGAUGCUCCUGUUUGGGCUGUUCUUGCUGUUCUACUGCUUCACUUUGAUGGGAAAUGGGAUCAUCCUGGGGCUCAUCUGCCUGGAUGCUAGGCUGCACACUCCCAUGUACUUCUUCCUCUCACAUCUGGCCAUAGUUGACAUGUCCUACGCCUCCAGCACUGCCCCUAAGAUGCUGACAAAUAUGGUGAUGCACCAAAAAAGCAUCUCCUUUGCUUCAUGCAUACUUCAGACAUUUUUAUAUCUGGCUUUUGCAGUGACAGAGUGUUUGAUUCUGGUAGUGAUGUCAUAUGAUCGCUUUGUAGCUAUCUGUCACCCUUUGAAAUACACACUGAUCAUGAGCUGGAGAGUAUGCUCCAUCCUGGCUGCCACUUGCUGGGUGUUUAGCUUCCUCUUGGCCUCACUUCAUAUCACACUCAUCCUAAGACUCCCAUUCUGUGGGCCACAAAAAAUCGAUCAUUUUUUCUGUCAAAUCAUGUCAGUAUUCAGAUUAGCCUGUGCAGACACAAGACUCAACCAAGUCGUUCUUUUUGCAGGCUCUGUGAUGGUCUUACUGGGGCCCCUGUGCUUGGUGUUAGUCUCCUAUACACGAAUCCUGGUGGCCAUCUUGGGGAUCCACUCAGGGGAGGGCCGCAAAAAGGCCUUCUCCACCUGUUCCUCCCAUCUCUGUGUGGUUGGACUCUUUUUUGGCUGUGCCAUCGCCAUGUACAUGGCCCCCAAAUCCAAACAUUCUCAAGAACAGAGAAAGAUCCUGUCUUUGUUUUACAGCCUUUUCAACCCUAUGCUCAACCCUCUGAUCUACAGUUUGAGGAACACAGAGGUAAAAGGUGCCUUAAGAAGAGCUCUUUGGAAACAGAGAUCCCUGUGAGGUUGUUUAAGAAUCUUCCAUGUCAGGCUAAGCAGUGGUGGUACUCACCUUCAGUCCCAGUAUUCAGGAGGCAGAGGCAGGCAGAUCUGAAUUUGAAGCUAGCCUGGUCCACAGAGUGAGUGUACAGACAAUCAAGGAGUCAAUGCUAUACAAACAAACACAAGCAUCAAAAAAUAAAGAAUAUUCCAUAUCAUGAUCCUGGGAUUGAAUUUUCCCAAGUCUUUUAAUUUAUCAAAA